AUGAAGUCUACAGACACUAACUUCGCCUCCGCAAUCACUUCUACAGCAGUUCGUCCCAAGCCGUCAUUCCACAUCAAUGCCUCAUGCUCAAAUCUUCAUCUUCCUGUCGCACAACCAUCUCCCUUGUUCGAUGGCAUCAACGAAGACAUCAACAUACAUCGAUUUCCCGCCUUCCAGGACCCGCUCACUAUAGGCCAGGGCGUACCAGCGUUGGCGCCGCACUGUACGUUACAUUGCGGCCAUCGGGUCUGCAUGCACUUAAGCAUGAAAGGAUUGGAUUCUCUAGCAUGCCAGUGUGGAUCCGAAGAACGUGAGCCUAAGGAAGAAAAGACGGUCAUGACUUGGUACCGACCAGAGAUGGAUCUCGACUAUUUAGUCAUGAACUCCAUCGAAGACUCGAUCGCCAACGCUGGCCCGCUUCAUGAGAUUGAUGUUUACUAUAACGAAGUUUUCAAGAUACUUGCACACCUCCAAGAGCGUGCCAGAUCUUUGGCGCUGCACAACGAGUAUUUGGUACGUGCUGUGCACUGCGACUACCCAGGCCACGAAGAAGAGAUUGCUUAUGCUGCAGUCGACCAUAUCUUCAGGAUCAUGCGCUUGUACUUCCAUCGCAUACUACGCUCUCAGGACCAUCAUCUGAUAAGUAUCCAACAGCUCCAGCGCGAAUUGAACGUAUAUCUCUGGACGCUGCUUGCUGAGUGGGUGGAGGCGCAUUGCGACGAUGAGACCCGUAAUCGUGUAGUAUUAAAUGAAGGCCCCGCCUCUAUAAUCCAGGCUAUUUCUGGUUCUACAGCUGCUAUCCUGGAGCUUUGGGAGGAGUGCAUAGAAGGAGUUCUUGAAUUGCUUCUUUGGCGAGACGAAGAGGUCAAGUGGUGCAACGUGGAAAGCCGAGUGGUUUUUGGUGUCUUGACGGUAAUACUCUUGUGGGUGCUCAUCAUAAUCCUUUGGGGGAACGUAGGUUCGCAUAUAUAA